AUGCAGGCGGCCCACCAGAUCGUCCAGCCCUCGACCCCGGGCACCCCCCUCCUCCGCACCGUCGAGUCGGCAGAGGGCCUCGGCACCCCUUCGAGCCCUUCGUUGCAGCCCAUCGCCAAGCCCAGCGCAGGAGGGCCGAGCACCCGCUCAAAGACCAUCGUACUCGCUGAAGCCGGUAGGCCUCCUUGGUACAAUGCUGCUGGUCAGACUGUACCGCCCUACAUUGUCGGCAUCGCCGGAGGAUCCGCCAGCGGCAAGACGUCGGUAGCACGCGCCAUCCUCGAGAAGCUGCCCAACGUCCCUCACAUCGUCAUCAUCAGCCAGGACAGCUUCUACAAGCCGCUCACCAAGACCGAGAGCGAGCGCGCGUUUCGUUCCGAGUACGACUUCGACCACCCAUCUGCCUUUGACACCGAACUCUUCAAGGCCACCAUCGACAACCUGAGCCGCGGCAUGGCCGUCGAGGUGCCCGUCUACUCGUUCGUCAAGCACAACCGUCUGCCCGACUCCAACUACCUCUACGGCCCCGCCGUCCUCAUCGUUGAGGGCAUCUUUGUCCUCCACGACCCAGAGCUGCGCGAUCUCCUCUCGCUCAAGAUUUUUGUCGAUCUCGACUCGGACCUCAUGCUGGCGCGAAGGAUCCUGCGCGAUACCGUCGAGCGCGGGCGUGACCUCUCCGGCAUCAUCAGCCAGUACACGCGCUACGUCAAGCCCAACUACGAGCGGUACGUCUCGCCCACGUCAAAGCACGCCGACAUCAUCGUCCCCGGCGCCAACAACGAGGUGGCCGUCGACAUCAUCAGCCAGCACAUGGAGAAGCAGCUGCGCAGCCGGGCCAUGCGCCUCCGCACUGAGCUCUCAAAGACGCCAGCCACCCCGCACGUCGAGUCCGCCAGCCCCUUUGACACCAUGACUCCGCUCGCCAAGACGCCCUCGCUCGGGCUCGCCAACACGCCGCUGCCCAACACUGUCAUUCUCUUGCCGCAGACGCCGCAGCUCCAAUCGCUUCUCACCAUCUUGCACGACCGCUCCACGCCCACCUCGGACUUUACUUUCGCCUGCAAGCGCGUCGGGACCCUGGUCGUCGAGCGGGCGGCCGCCCUGCUUCCCUACCGCCAGCAGACGGUUCAGCUGCACACGGGCGGCUCCUACACCGGCAUGGAGCUCGACGUCUCGAGCAUCUGCUCUGUCUCGAUCCUGCGAUCCGGCUCGGUGCUGGAGCCAUCGCUGCGGCGCGCGUUCCCGGCCAUGUCGCUGGGAAGUCUGCUGAUCCAGUCCAACGAGGAGGACGGCGAGCCUUACCUCUACGAUGUGUCGCUGCCGUCGUUCGUUCGACGCAGGAGCUCGGCGGAAAAGUCGUGGGUGCUCCUCCUCGACGCCCAGAUCGGCACGGGCGCUGCUGCCUUCAUGGCGAUCCGGGUGCUGCUGGACCACUCGGUGCCCGAAGAUCAGAUCAUCUUCCUCACGUUGCUGGCGAGCGCAAAGGGAGGUGUGCACGCGCUCCACCGCGCCUUUCCCAAGGUCCGCAUCGUCGUGGCCGGCAUCGACCCGGGGCUCGAGAAGCUGCGCAUCCCGCUCGCGGACCGCCGAGCGUCGGUCUCGGCCGACCACGCGCAGUCGACCUCUGCCCACCAGACGGUCCAGGUGUCGCGCUCGGCGCCGCACCACGCCGCUCCAGCUCGACCCGACGAGCCGGCAAAGGGCGACCACCCGACCAACGUCGAUGGCCAGGGUCGGGGGCGGGCCAAGCCGAGACAGGACAGUCUGGGCGUCACGUCUCCGCCCGCCAAGAACAGCCGCGUCGUCUUUGCCAUUACGCCCGGUUGCGGAUCCAUCGGCGACCGAUUCUGGGGAACGGGUGCCAAGUAG